AUGGCAUCACACAAGUCGCACACAGUCCUGCCGUCGGGACCGGAACUUCAAGCUCCUCCCGCCCAGCGACGUCCUUCUACUCGAUUGCCUCCGCGAUCAACCGCUUCGACGACCUACUCAAAGCCCGGCACUGCACCUCCAACAGCGAAGCUUCUCAAGAAGAGACCCACAAGAGACAACGAGAACGGACAGCCGACCCCUAGUAAACAUCUGGGAACGCCGAGAAACAGAGCGCAGCAACCACAGCAUACGGAGAGGCCGAUGAACAGGAACGAUCAGCUGGCACCACCUUCAACACAUAUCCCCUUGGCCACACAUCCUCGACCUGUUGCGCCCAGUGUAGGGGGUCGUUCAGUGCGAUACGACGGUAUUGCAAGCACAAGAACUCCGUCUCUUAUAUCCGGCUCAUCUUUGUCAGAGGUCGAUAGUCCACGAUCGGCCAGACUCCGAAGAAAACCAUCGUCCAUUGGAAGACCGACUGCUCACGGCCAUCCUAGCUCCAUAGCAUCCCAAGAAGAUGAGCGUCACAUGCGACAUAUCCCUCGAACCUACGUCGACCCCUUUGCAGAUUCCGUUCUGGGAAUCAGUCUUCCUCAGCCCACUAUCGCGACUUCCCACAAAGGAGCCUCUCAGACGCAUCCAUCUGCCCUUGAGAUGCCGCAUAAUCUCGAAACGGACAAUUUGUCUCCUCCAACCCCACACUAUGCGACUUCUGCCACUCCUUCGACUACCUACUCCGAGUCACCCACUGGCUUCAGCCAUGUGUCUACCCCAACAUCCAUAUCUUCCUACUCACCAGGGAUUACUUCGACCCACAAGACAAUCCCUCGGUCAAGGCAGAUGAGUCCUAUGCAGAGUAGGCCGCCUGUAGUACGCAAAAGCACGGAUGAGUCGCAGCAUCGUGAACGUGAGGGUCUGCCUCUAGUUCGCGAAUCAUCAGCAUCCUCCUCUUCCGCAUCGACUGUCCUUGCUACUAAUGUUCGUCCACAUACAAAGGCCCCGGCUAAAGGCUCCAGACUGUCUUUGCUUCCGUCUACCACUCAGACAUCACUCCAGAAGCCCAUUGAGCGACGCGGUAGCACGUCUCGACGUACCAGUGCUACGUCAGAUGUCCAAGCACCUCCAGAGCUUGCGCAUCUUGCCGUGGAUGCUGAACCUAGGCGACUCAUGAUUGGAAGACCCUCAAGACCCAGUCGAGAAGGGGCCCCUGAGCUAUCUGGAAUGCGACAGCAAUCUCCAAUAAUCCAGAGCAAUAUGGCUAGCCUCCCCUCGCACCGACGGAAUAGCUCUACUGAUUCAAAGUCGACUCCAAGUCUGAGCUACAGCAAAACAGUUUCUCCAGCCAUUGAUUCGCCUGGCUUUCCUUCGCAUAUCUCGCGUAUACCUACGUCGAGAGGCCCGACUCCUGAGAUACAGAGCGAUUCGGAGAAGAUGGCCAUACAAGCUAGGUCUGUGACCGCCCCAAGCCCUGUCAAGUCAGUCAAGUCUGGUUCGCGAUUCGGCUUUUUCAAGCGCAACAAGACGGAUCCCAGUGAAGCUCCAGCGAAGCAAGAGAAGAAACUACUCCGUAAAGGGCCUAUGGCGGGCACUGGUCAUGAAGGCUAUGGCAAGUACGCUACACGUGGACGUAGUGGAAGCACGACGAGCAAUGCAGGCAGCAUUGGACGGACAGCGAGCCAAGAUAGCACAAACGGUCGUACACAGAGGACUCCGUCUAGCCGGAAAAGCAGUCUCAGUAGCCAGAAAGACGAUGAGUUGGACGACUAUUUCCGUGAAAGACUUGCGCCUGUCAUAAUUCGUGGUGGCAGUGCCGAGCUUUGCUACAGCCCGGAUGGUAUCCGGAGUACGAGCAGUCUCGACUCCGCUGUUGAUGAUGUAGUGAGUGCGGGCGCAGAGUCAUCCACAAGUUAUGUUGCGAUCGGUAGUUCUCGGGCCAGGGAAGCCGCGCAUUCGAAGCCAACGCUUCUACCAUCUGCAAUGGCUGAUGGUCGAGGUGCCUCACCCAUGAAACGUUUUGGUUUUGGCUUCCGGCGACCGUCGGAAAGUGAUGAAGAGAGGAAGUCUGGCGCUAUGCGCCCAUCGAACGUGAGGCGAUCUGUACAGUCGACAUCUGCCCCUGGCAAAUCUGCAACGCUUGCGCCACAACCUGAACCUAGCAAGGCUCAAAGACCUUCAGCUUCCCGGACUGCAAGCCACUCGAAGGUGGACCCGUCAGAAGGUAAGGAAGGUACUUGGCUGAAGUCAAAGAAAUCAGAGUCGACCAGGGAACAACAGCCACAUUCGCAGCCAAAGCUCGCUAGGAAGUGGAACUUUUUCCAGAGAUCCGCACAACCUCAGAGGGAGACACCAGGUGGGAAUGCACACGCCGUACAUGUGCCAUCAUCUCGGUCGGUACCGCAUUACGCUCUCAUGAAUGGUGGCGAAAUUGAUCUUGAUGAUAUCGAACAAAUAAUGGAAGAGGCAGCGAAUUCGCCCGAAAAGCCGAGAGACGUGCCUACACCCUCCCCAGAGAUCCCUUCGGCUCCGACACACGAAAUCAACAAUGUGAACGUACGUAAAGGAGCCAAACACGUCGACUCCAUCUUGCUUCCAUCUCCGCCACUACUUCCUGCCGGAUUUGCGUCUUCGGAACGUCCCGCAUCGCCUCAAGUCAGACUACGCAAAGAGAACCUAGUCGACUUGACUCCACCACCUCCCAAGUCCGCUGAACCCGAUGCUCCACCGGAACGCAUCGAGGCUGAACAUGAGCCGGUGAAGCCGGUACAAAAGGUCCCUGCUCCUCGUCCGACCCGGCUCGUACCACUAGGUCGUAUACCGCCAGUAGUUUCGAGACGAGAUCGAGAUGUCAAACUGUCAGAUCAGUCCUUCUCUCGCCCAUUUCCUCCGACACAACCUCUGCCUUCCAUCAAGCCCUCGCGUACAUCUGUUGAAUCAAUUCAAGUAUCGCUCGCUGUCGACAACACUGUCUUGACAGACGCGUUUCCUAUCGGCCUUGGAAAACCUUUCAACGAACCGAACAUGGGCUCGCUGCCUUUAAGUUAUGCUCAACAUCAACAUGGUGACGAGUUCUUGGCCUUCCCGCCUCGCAAGAACUCCGAACAAUCUUGCUCAAGCAGCUCAGGAGUGUGGAGCUUUGCAUACCCGACGACGGUUGCUUCGCCUCCUGGUGCUCCACUAAGCGAGGACGAGAUUUGGAACGAAUACGAUGAUCUGAUUGAUGAUGUGCUCUCCCCUGGUGAUCAGUCGGUCAAUUCUCCCUUUGCCCGGCAACAAAAGUCACCGGGAGCGGUCCAGCCGAAUAAUUCACUUGAGGCAUCGGAUGACAUUCCAUUCCGCGUGUCAAUGGACAUGAUCCGGUCUGCUCAUACUUCUAUAUCAUCCCAUCCUCAGUCCAUCCAUCUACGUCGCUCUCGCUUGCUAUCCGUACUACACGCAGGUUCUCCAAAAUCGCAGACGUACCCUUCUGUAUCUGAUCUCUAUUCUAUGUACGGCGAGCGUGGAAUCAGCAUUGUCGACCCCGCGACUGGUCGCCUUAGUUUACAGGCAACCAAGCGCGAUGACAACACAUCCCGACCCGCUUCAACACGAUCAAGCCUUCCUGCAUCCGUCGGGGUCGCAGCUCGUCAAUCUAGAUCUACCGUGGGCUCGACUGAGGAGAGACGCGUAUCCAGCAGAUAUCGCGACAGCAAGCUGAUUGAAAGGGCGGAGAAUGAGAAGGAUGGCUUGGAGACAAUGGCGAAUUUGCGCUUCGGUGCUUUGAUGACGAGCAAGUGGCUGUCCUUUGGCCGUGUCCUUUUCAGUCCUGUACAUUUCGACCUGAAAGACAAUACCGAAGACAGGGUGCUCGUCGUCGACGGGCUCGGCAAAGAUUGGUCCUACUACUGUGCUUUGACCUACCCAGAAGCCACCAUAUUCAAUCUCAAUCCAGGCACCGAGACCGCAAACCCUGGGACGGCAUGGUCGAAUGUCCCAAACCAUAAACAUGUCUCGCACUCGGACAUGUUAACUAUGUUCCCCUUCCCUAAGCGCUACUUCGCCGCGGUAGUGUACCGCUUUCCAGUUGCCGCCAGCGAGGCGACGUAUAAGAACUGCAUCGCAGAAUGUAAACGCGUCCUUCGUCCUGGUGGCUAUCUUGAACUCUCCAUCCUCGAUAUCGAUCUCAUCAACAUGGGCAACCGUGCACGCCGCGCCGUCCGGGGCCUUAAGAUGGAUAUCAGUGCUGACGAGCCAGAGGUCAGCCUGAAGCCUGUCGGCGAUAUGGUCAUGCGCCUUAUUGGCCGCAAGAACUUUGAAAACAUCAAUCGCUGCAUGGUUGCGGUGCCAGUGGCUGCCGGCCGCGUAACUUCUUGGAGCAGCGACAGCUCAGGCGGAGACGAGCCGUCAUGCAAACAAGCUCUCCAAGUGAACGGCAUGGUGCAUGUACAAGACCCGAAAAAGUCUCCUAAUUCGAAACGCAAGAAGCGCAUGUCCCGCCUGAGAGCCCCAGCACCGAACUUUACAGACCUCCUUGGUGCACCACCAUCUCCCGAUCCAGCAAUCGCCAACGAAGCAAACGCCAACAUCGGCGACAUGGUGGCGCGUGUUGGUCGCUGGUGGUACAGUCGCUGCUACGAAGGCAUCUCUCUUCCUGAAGGCGAUCUUUCAGAGAGCCUCUGGAACAAUGGUUCUCUGUUGCGAGAGUGCGAGAGCCGCGGCACGAGCUUCCGACUUUUGGUGGCAUAUGCACAGAAGCCAGCUUGCGCGGUGCGACGCACCGUGAGCGUCUAA